AGAUCUGAAGUCCAUAGCCAAUCACGUGCGCUACGUUUCGUCUUGACAACAACUAUCCAGAGGUUUCACUGUCGAUUUGAUAUUUUAUCUAUUAAACAAUGAAGUUGCUGCUUGUAAUGUUUUGCUGUGCGAAUAUAAUGGCUGACGACCUUGGCCGUCUGGAAGACAAUUACAAUAACACAGAUGGCAAUCAUGACGCAGAUGUUCUCAACUGCGAAAAAAAUGAAGAAAUUGGAGAAUGUGGGCGUGAGUGUGAAAAUACAUGCGCUUUUAUCAAGAUGUCAUGCUCACUGAAAUGUUCUUCAAAAGCUUGUGUUUGCAAAAAGGGGUAUUAUCGAGAUAGCAAAGGAAACUGCACAAACGAUUGCCGGAAGGAAGAGUGCGCUGCGCCAAAUAUGGAGAGGAAACGUUGCGCGAAAAAACCUGAUUGUCAGAAUACAUGUGUCGGUAAGGUGGGUUCGGUUAAGUUUUGCAAAGAUGCUUGUGUACCGUAUGGCUGCGAAUGUAAAAGCGGAUUCCUGCUUCUAGAACCACGUUACGAUUUCCCUCAGUGUGUGACUGAAAAAGAAUGCAAAGUCUACUUAUGGAAGAGAGCGCAAAAGUUCGAC